CGCUUUCGUUAUUGCGACAAACUCUCUAGGGUUGCUCUUCCUCCUCGUCUACCUUCGAAAGCUUCUCGCUCGCCGCCGCCGCCUCUACUACUUUCAAGAAUUCCUCUUUUUUUUCUUCGAAAAUGGUUCUUCCCAACGAUAUCGAUCUUCUCAACCCUCCGGCCGAGCUCGAAAAGAAGAGGCACAAGCUGAAGCGUCUUGUCCAGUCUCCCAAUUCCUUCUUCAUGGACGUGAAGUGUCAAGGCUGCUUCAACAUAACCACUGUUUUUAGUCACUCGCAGACCGUAGUGGUCUGCGGAAAUUGCCAGACAGUGCUCUGUCAACCUACUGGCGGCCGCGCAAGACUCACCGAGGGAUGCUCCUUCCGGCGGAAGGGCGACUGAGCGUGUUUGCUCCAUCGAAUGUUGAGAUCUUAAAGGUUUUGAUCAGUUAUUUCUUCUAUCAGUGUAAUCGAAACUGGUUCCAUGUUUUAUUUGUAGGUCUGUGAUCUUGUUGCUCCUGAAUUACUCUAUAUUUCAAUCCUGUCAAUGGUUUUAUUUUGGGAUUAUUAUGGUUUCCAAUUGGUUCUUGUCAA